UCAUCAUUACUCAAAAUUUAAAACAAACGCACUCUACUAUUCAAGAAAAACAUCCUGCAUUCUAUAGCUAUACCAAUCAUUCGCCUUUAAUUCAAAAUUAUUCAUGAAGGUUUGUUGUUCGAUUGCCGAAUUGCAUCGAGAACAGACAAAAAUGCGAACAGAGAUUGCCUAAAAAAUCAGCGACAAAGUUGAACGAAUGUUGCGAAGGUCAACGAUGCGUAUACUUCAUUAGCGAUUAACGAAGGUGCUGCUUUGAAAAAAAUGGGUGAGAAAAAUGAAUAAAAUAAGAGCGCAAAUGACCCAAGAAAAGGGCGGGAAAAGAGCAAACCCGUGGAGGUCGCGUGGCUAAUCGACUCGGCCAUAUGUUAGCGUGGAUUAUGGCGCGCUAACUGGUUUCUGAUAUUUAUUGCCAUGCAUCCUACUUUGCAUGCUGCCUUCACCACCCACCACCCCCUUUAACAGCGAGUUUGUCCCGCAGGAAGCUUUUCAUUUCCGCUGCUGUCGGAAUUUUUCAAAUCUAUGAGCAUCCAAUGCAAAGCAGGAAGAAUUUCCAUUAAAACCUGGCAAUAGGUGCAAAUUACAAGACAAAAAGCGAAACGAAAUAAAAAAUUAACCAAAAAAGGAACGGAAGUGCAGCUAAAUAAAAUGCUGAAAAUGCUCUUUACACAGGAAAUAGAAUUCUGUGGACGUUGCAGUAAUUACUUAUUUAUUUUUGAUACCAGAAGCUAACAUGAAUCAUGGUUAAAGGACCUAGUCUGCUUUGCAUUUAAAUUAUGCGCCUUUUGUGUGGCGCCCUCUGCGGAAAGCCUAAAAGUAUGCAUAGGUAUCGGCAACUACAGCGCCAGCUAGAGGCUGUAAAUGGCAACUUGUCUGCCAUAACUGGCUCAUAAUUGCGCUAAAAGACUCGGUUUACUAACGCCUUUUGCAAGCAGUUGGAGCCAAAAGCUGUAGAAGAAAACCAGUAAUUAAGCGAACUGAAAGCAAAUAGACUUGGUAAAACAGCAAAGUUAAUUAAGAGUGUGAAAAAGUGAUUUAACAAAGUGAAUUUCAACUCUGCAAGCCCCUAAAUUCUGCCGUCAUAAGGCAGUAGUGGAAAUUCAAUGAGAAAAUUGUUAAAAUGAUUAGAAUGCUUAGAUAGAACGGAGAAAGAAACAGUGAGCAAAAUGUGAAAACGUGCGUACAAGUUUCGGCGUUUUUGUUUUGAUUCUUAUCGGACUGCGAAGCAGACGCCGAAGCUAAGAAAAUCCAAGUAAAAACAAAAUGGAAACACGAGCGGGAGAGCCUAAAUGCGCGCGCUUCAAUAAGAGCGCUCUUCCUCUCUCGCGUGCUCUUCUCCCCAAUUGGAGCUUUCGUUUCAAUUUCGGUUUCGUUUUGCAUUUCAUUCGUGAGCGAGCGCUUGCUUUGAACGGACGUCUCCAAAACCGCCCCGCAUGCCACGCCCCCAUUCGAAAGGCUUUUGGCAAAAACACGCGACUCCAUAAAUAAUAAUAUCAAGAGCAAAACACUAAUUAUAUAUCGAUGCCAUUCGAGAUCAAGUUGGAGCUUAUCGCCUGUUGCAUCCCAAUCGAAAUUCCACUUCCAUUCCGCUUCGAAAUCGCGCGCGGUUUUCGCCGCGUAGAUCGUUAAAAAUUCAUUAAGUCUUGUUAAUCGCCGCCAAUAAUAGAAAUAAUACAAAUAAUCGCAUUGAUUGCCUAUAAUUGAUACUCGCCGUGUGUGUGAGAGUGAGUGCGCGUGUGUGAGUGCCAUCCGCCGGUAAAUGUCCGCGAAAAGAGAUCUUCCGCAGACUUGAUGCCGACAUAGCUGCAGAUAUAUCUCCAGUCCCGCAGUUGGACUCGAAAUGUCACGACGCAAACAGUCCAACCCCAAGCCGUUGAAUAAAGGUGAUUGUUCCGAUACCACAGAAGAGAUGACCGUCGACAGUAGAGAUUCCAAAGAUUUGACCGCCCAAGAGAUGGGCGAGGAAAAGCAGCAGCAGAUGGAGGAUCAACUGGAUGACCAGUUAGAAGAUGCCAGGGACCAACAGGCGACAAACAAUAAUGAUGACGAUGAGGAGUAUGGUGACUUCGACCAGCCAGAAGAGACUUCUCCCGAGCAGGACCAGGAUUUGGGGGAGACAGAAAUGGAACGGGAGCACGAUCACCAGCCGGAGGAGCAGGAUGAACUGCCAGCCAACAGUCCCAGCACCCCGCCCAGGAGUCCCUGCUCUCCCCAGCUGAUUCCCAAGCUGGAACAGCCCGCCACUCCGCCCUCGGAGGCGGAACCUUCUCCGUGUCCCUCGCCCUGCCCCACGCCCAAGUUCCCCAAGGUGCGUCUGAAUGCGCUCCUGGCCUCAGAUCCUGCACUCAAGCCAGAUGCCAAGGAGCUAACCCUGCCGGACUCUCGACUGCUGGCUCCCCCGCCGCUCAUAAAGCCGGAAACCCCCGCCCCACCGGAGGUGGUGGAACCCCUGAUGAAGCCAGCCAGAUUCAUGUGCCUGCCCUGCGGGAUCGCCUUUAGUUCGCCCUCAACUCUGGAGGCGCAUCAGGCCUACUAUUGCUCUCAUCGGAUUAAGGACACGGACGAGACGGGCAGUGAUAAGUCGGGAGCAGGAGGAUCUGCAACGGCAGCUGGCGAGGGAGCAGGGUCAUCCGGAGGCUCCUCCGAACCACCAGCCAAGAUGGCCAGGACAGGAAAGCAAUACGGCUGCGCCCAGUGCUCCUACAGUGCGGAUAAGAAGGUGUCCUUGAAUCGCCACAUGCGGAUGCACCAGACUUCUCCGGCGGCUCCCACACUGGCCAGCUUGCCAGGUCUCCUCCAGAAUGGAAUACCACCGCCGGCCGUAACGCCCAGUUCGUUGGAGGAUGGCUCUAGUCAACAAACCGAUCGCUACUGCAGCCACUGUGAUAUCCGGUUUAACAACAUCAAGACCUAUCGGGCCCACAAGCAGCACUACUGCAGCUCCCGGCGACCAGAGGGCCAACUCACCCCGAAGCCAGAUGCAUCUCCGAGCGCAGGAUCGGGACCGGGCUCCAGCGGAGGGUCAGGAGGAGUGUCUGUCCAGGCGGCUGCUCCCGGCAAGCUCAGUCCGCAGACCAGGAACAAGACUCCCACUCCGGCAAUGGUCGCCGUGGCGGCUGCAGCUGCCGCGGCCGCCGCUGCCUCCCUCCAGGCCACGCCCCACCCGCACCCGCCCUUCCUGGCACUGCCCACCCACCCGAUCAUCAUUGUGCCCUGCUCGCUGAUUCGGGCGGCCAGCUUUAUUCCAGGACCACUGCCCACACCAAACUCGGGUAUAGUAAAUCCAGAAACCACCUGCUUCACCGUGGACAAUGGAACGAUCAAGCCCCUGGCCACAGCUCUCAUCGGCACCUCUCUGGAGCCCGAACGACCCUCAGCUCCCUCGUCAGCUGCUGAGGCGGCUGAGCCCAAGAGCAGUCCACCGGAACCUAAGCGAAAGGAAGCAGGAGGAAGUCGCGAAUCUGCGCCUUUGGAUCUCUCGCUGCGACGAUCGCCGAUCUCCGUGAGUUCGUUGAGCUUGCGGCAGCGCCACCUGCGCGCUGCUCUUUUAGAUGUUGACGAAGCGCUUCUCGGAGUUGGUGGAGCUGGCAAGGAGAAUGUAGAGACUCCGCGACAAGGAGGAAGUGUGACUCCCGAGCAGAUCGUGUGCGCCCCCUCCCUGCCGAGCAGUCCUUCGAUGAGUCCCUCGCCCAAGCGACGAGCCAUCAGCCCGCGCAGUUCCGGAGCUGGCAGUGCCUCCUCCAUGUCACCACCUGGUCUCAAUGUGGCUGUACCCCAUCUGCUCGACAUGCGAUCCAUGCUGCCGGCGGACUUUGGUCUCACCGAAUCGUUGUUGGCCAAAACCAAUCCGGAAUUGGCGCUCAAACUAGCGGCGGCAGCUGCCGCGGCUGCUGUGGCAGGAGGUGGUGGAGCAGCAGCCUUUUCACCCGCUCCUCUUCCCGCGCAAUCAGGUGGCGGAAACCCGGGAAGCGGGGGAUCUACCGGUGGCUCCCAGCAGCCGCAAAUCUAUGUAAAGAAGGGCGUGUCCAAGUGCAUGGAGUGCAAUAUUGUGUUUUGCAAAUAUGAGAACUACCUGGCUCACAAGCAGCAUUAUUGCUCGGCAAGGAGUCAAGAGGGUUCGAGUGAAGUGGAUAACAAGUCGGCCGUUUCACCGUCCAAUCCUGGAGCUGGAGGAUCAGGAGCUGGCGGGGCAGAAGCUGCUACAUCCGUAGAAACCACUCCGGUGGCAUAUCAACAACUGAUCUGCGCCGCCUGUGGAAUAAAGUAUACUUCUCUGGACAACCUGCGUGCUCAUCAGAACUACUACUGCCCCAAGGGAGGAGCAGCUACUGCCCCCGCCGUGACGCCCGCAGAUCCUGGUCAACUGGCCAUGGCCAAGGAGAAGUGCGGAAAGUGCAAGACCCUGCAUGAGAUUGGCCUGCCUUGUCCAGCUCCCGUCACAAAUCCUCAGGCAGCACCCGCCUCCAAUUCCCAGCAGCCCGCCUCCAAUAGUCUGAACAAGUGUCCCGUAUGCGGAGUAGUGAGUCCCACGGCCGCGCUGGCCAAGAAGCACAUGGAGAUGCACGGCACAGUGAAAGCCUACCGCUGCAGCAUCUGCCAGUACAAGGGGAAUACCCUACGCGGCAUGCGCACCCACAUCCGGACCCAUUUCGACAAGAAGACCAGCGAUGUGAACGAGGAGCACUACAUGACCUGCAUUUUCGAGGAGGAAAGCUCCACGCCAAGCCAGGAGCUGCCCCCGUCGGCAGGCGGAGCUGCAACAGUUGUCCACGAUUCCAUGGACCAUGCCUCUCAGAUGUUUAACUGCGAUUACUGCAACUAUGCCUCUACCUACAAGGGCAAUGUGCUGCGCCACAUGAAGCUGAUGCAUCCGCAUGUGGCCAUUAACUCACCCUCGAUUUCACCCGACGCCAGAGAUCCGGAAGUGACUUCGAACCCCACUCCCAACCAACACUCGAAUUCCGAUGUUUCCAAUGGCGAGGCUGCCAGCUUCCUCAUCAAGUCGGAGCCUCUUGACCCACAGCCGACGCUGAAUUUGGUGCACGAGAACAACAAGUCGCCGAUUGCCACGCCCCACAUUAAAGCCGAGCCCAUGGACAUCGUCGUGGAUGCGGCCCCUGGAGGACUGGUCCCGCCGAUGGCUUCUCCGCUGGGAAACAGCAGCGUAGCCGCCGCAGCAGCAGCUGUCGCCGCCGCCGAGGUAAUGAAGAAGUACUGCUCUACCUGUGACAUAUCCUUCAACUACGUGAAGACCUACCUGGCGCACAAACAGUUCUACUGCAAAAACAAGCCUAUUCGCCCGGAGGUCAACGACAACCCCAGUCCGAAUCACCUGGGCGGCAGUGUGGCGGUGGGCCUGAGCAUCGGCGGAAUGGUGGCUGGCCAUGGCCAGCAGAAGAACAAGGAGAACCUGCAGGAGGCGGCCAUUUGAGAGAGCCAGCUGCGGUGGGAGGCGCAGCGCAAGCAGCUGGAAUGGUAUUACAAAUGCUUUUGAGCAGCAGCGACCGAACCUAUUCGAAUCCUAAGCAUAGCCACCUUUAACAUGUAAACUAUACAAACCGCAACCUGUAAUCGACGACAGUAUUCCCGGAGAAUCUCCCGUCGCUGCCCUCCACUUCCACACGCCACUUGGGGACUGACUCCUUCGACUUACCGAUCGAUAGCAGUAGAUAUAUACAACGUUCACGCAUAUAUAGUAUACCUAAAGAACUAAACAUAUUAAUUACCUAGAUAUAUGUAGACGCAUACCCAUGCAGUGGGAACCAUGACAUAUAAUGCAUGCCAAAGCUUACCACUUAGACAGAAACUAAAUCGAGUGCAAGAAACUACAAGUUUGCAAUGGAUUGCGGAGAAAACGGAGUUGGAGUAGUCCUAUGUAGAUCCAAUAUUAUAUUAAAUGGCUCGCUAUUCCACGUGGAAGCGAGCUAUUCAAACUGUGUAAUUUAACUAAGUACAUUAUUUAUUAAGUGUGUGCGACAAUAAAACUAAUUAAUUUAU